UAACCAUAGCAACCGGUGUUUAACUCCCCGCGGCACCGUUAAUGCAUUGUGAAUGCUAGCUAGCUAGAAGUUUUGAACUGCGUUGACGGUCUUGUAGCUCCCGUUAGUCUGUCUGUAUCUGAAACUGAGGUGAAGAGCGAUGGAUGGAAAGCAGGAGAACAGCGAGCAGAGACUGCAGUCAGCUGCCUCGUUCAAGGCUUUCAUGAUGAAAAACAGCACGGAGAGCAACCUGAACCUCUAUGACCACCUCACCUCGGUGCUGAUAAAGGUGAUGGAUGAACGUCCACAGAAUGUGGUGGAUGUGAUUGAAGAUAUGAGCCUUGAUUUGAAGCGGGGUUUAUUUAAAGACAAGCAGAGCACCCUGAGAGACCUUCCACAGACUACAGCUGCCGAGCUGCUGGCUCAGCGGCAACGCUUGCUGUUUGCUCGGCCAGAAGAGGCUGACCAGGAGGAGGAACUGAUGGAAACACCUCUCCCUAAUGUGAGUGAGAUUUGCUUCUACAUGGAGCAGGCGGGAGUGGGUCUGGGCCGAGAGGAGAUGCAGAGGAUCCUCCUUGCACUGAAGCAGCUCGUCGAGGCCCAGGGGCUGCUGCGCUGCAGAAUGUGGGGCAAAAUUCUGGGAACAGAGAGCAGCUAUAUCGUUGCUGAAGCUGAGGAAGACGAGAGAGAGACAGAGAAUCAAGAGGAUGAGGAAUCUUCAGAUCCUCUUGAGACCGAAGCACAUUUCAUGGAAAUAGGAGAGACGGAUCCGCUUCCUAAGUCGACUUAUAGACCCCUACCAGCGGUGCCGAAGGAGUUCCUAGGAACCGGUGCUAACAAGUUUGUUUAUUAUGUGUGCAAAGAGCCCGGUCUUCCUUGGGUUAAGCUCCCUUCAGUCAGUCCUGAACAGAUCACAGCUGCUCGCCACAUACGUAAAUUCUUCACCGGGAGGCUGGACACCCCGAUCGUCAGCUACCCGCCUUUCCCCGGGAAUGAAACCAACUACCUGAGAGCACAGAUCGCUCGGAUCUCUGCCGGCACACAGGUCAGCCCCCAGGGCUUCUUCCAGGCUGGGGAGGAGGAAGGCGACGAGGAAGACGAGGCACCCCGAGACAGCUACGAAGUGAAUCCUGACUUCGAGGGCAUUCCUGUUGCCGAGAUGGUGAUGUCUUUGUCCACCUGGGUGCAUCAUGUUCAGAACAUCCUGACGCAGGGCCGCUGUACUUGGGUGAACGUGGCUGUGAAACCAGGAGAAGACUCUAAUGAGGAAGGAGAAGCUGAGGAGAAGGAAGAGGAACUGGAUGAGCCUGAGCCAGAAGUUGGACCCCCUCUGCUUACCCCCCUCUCCCAAGAUACAGAAAUAUUCAACACUCCUCCCUGGACCCCCAAAGUGUCCUCCAUUCUGACCUCUCAGCACGCAGUAGCUGUGCAGCGUUCUAACCUCUGGCCAGGGGCAUGCGCAUACGCUUGUGGAAAGAAGUUUGAGAACAUAUAUGUCGGAUGGGGUCUGAAGUGUACAGGGGAAGGGUACAGCCCACCCGUCCCCCCGCCACCACAGAAUGAAUAUCCCAGCGGACCAGAAAUCACAGAGGCCCUGGACCCGUCACUGGAGGAGGAGCAGAUGUUGAAAGAAGCUUUAGAGGAGCAGGAAGCUGCCCAGGAAGAGCUGGAGGACACAGACGAAGAGGACGAAGAUGGAGACUGAGAAAACAGUUACAAAUUUUAAAAUGUUUGUGUUUUAUCUAUCAGGUAUUUAUUUGUAAGUCAAUGGCCAAAUAAAUCAGUUCACUCAGCAA